AUGGCUUCGGGAGCAGCAGCUCGUAGAGCUUACAAAGCUCUUGAGCUGCUCCCAUCACCAUCUCUCGCCCGCGGCGCCAGCCUAGAUCUCCCUCUCGCCCCGCCAACUCUCGCUGUACCGAUAUCGAACCUCGCUCGUCCGCUUUCACGUCGAACGCUGGCUUUCACCGCUCCUGCGCGCCAUUUCUCUUGCGGCCGAUCGCUCCUCGCCUCCUCACCCUCACCCUCGCCCGCGCCCCCGGGCAUCGCGGCACAGGUUUUUGGCAGGGCAUUCGCAGUCCGCACGCCAUGGAUAGUUCAAGGAACAUCAUCAUGGGGGAUCACACGGGGUUUCUCGACGGCCACUGUACUAUGGCAACAGCCCCGCGAGAGGGCAAGCGUCACGUCAACUCAAGCGAAGCAGGAAGUUGUUGAGAAAGAGCAUGAGGGCGAGCAGAACAAAGAGCUUUCCCAGCAGGAGAAGAGCCCCGACCAGCAUGGAUUCCAGCAGAGUGAGCGUGCCAAACAAGCUGCUCAGGUCAAUAUGAGGGCGCGACUGUCAAAGGAGGGCAAAAGCUCGACCCAGGGCGGCUGGGCCGAGAUCUUGCGGCUCAUCAAGAUCGCCAGACCUGAGGUCAAGUGGCUCGGGAUAUCUUGCGUCUUCCUCCUGAUCUCCUCGGCAGUGACUAUGUCCAUUCCCUUUUCGGUCGGCCGAAUAUUGGACAUCGCGACAUCGAGCAAGGAUGCGCCCACUGUUCUGGGCCUAUCCUUGACCCAGUUCUUUCUUGGUUUCGCUGCAUUUAUGACACUCGGUGCUGUGGCGAACUUCGGCCGCGUGGUCCUUCUGCGAAUUGUGGGUGAGAGAGUCGUCGCGAGGCUCAGAACCCAACUGUACCGGAGAACAUAUGUCCAGGACGCCGAAUUCUUUGAUGCCAACCGCGUGGGCGACUUGAUAUCGCGGUUGAGCUCGGACACAGUUAUUGUCGGCAAGAGCAUCACCCAGAAUAUCUCGGACGGUCUCCGCGCCAUCGUGAGCGGUGCAACCGGGUUCUGCGCCAUGGCAUGGCUGAGCCCUCAACUGACCUCGGUCAUCCUGCUAAUGUUUCCCCCGAUCGCUGUCGGAGCUUUCUUCUAUGGACGAACCAUACGCAACAUCAGCCGGCAGAUCCAAAAGAAUCUCGGCACUCUGACAAAGAUUGCAGAGGAGCGCCUGGGCAACAUCAAGACCAGCCAAGCAUUCGCCGGCGAGAUCCAGGAGAUCGGUCGCUACAACCAUCAGGUGCGGAAGAUCUUUGCCCUCGGUCGGCGCGAGUCAAUUAUAGCGGCUACUUUCUACGGGUCUACAGGCUGGGCUGGAAACAUGACAAUACUGGCCUUGCUCAUUGUAGGCGGCAAUCUUGUGAGAUCAGGAGCGAUGUCACUCGGUGACUUGACGUCUUUCAUGAUGUACACCGUCUUCGCAGGAUCUAGUCUCUUUGGUGUAUCUGGUUUCUACUCGGAACUCAUGAAAGGAGUCGGUGCGGCCUCGCGGCUCUUCGAGUUGCAAGAUAGGCACCCUACAAUCCCGGCCACUGUGGGAAAGAAGGUCGUCUCAGCGCAAGGGCCUAUCAAAUUCACCGACGUCAGCUUCGCCUAUCCCACCAGGCCAGCCGUCACCAUCUUCAAUGGCCUGAAUUUCGAGAUCCCGUCUGGCUCCAACGUUUGUAUCGUGGGCCCAUCUGGUGGUGGCAAGUCGACUGUGGGCUCUCUGCUUCUCCGCUUCUAUAAUCCAACCAAGGGUACAAUCACCAUCAACGGUGUAGACAUCAACGACAUGAAUGUCAAAUCUUUGCGACGACGUAUCGGCAUGGUCGCACAGGAACCUGUCUUAUUUUCUGGUACUGUGGCUGAGAACAUCGCGUACGGAAAACCCCAGGCAACGCGUGCGGAAAUUGUUGCUGCCGCGAGAAAAGCCAACUGCGGGUUCAUCAGCGACUUUCCCGACGGCCUCGAGACACAAGUAGGCGCUCGAGGUGCCCAGCUGUCCGGAGGCCAAAAGCAAAGACUGGCCAUUGCUCGCGCUUUGCUCAAGGAUCCUGAUAUCCUGAUCCUCGACGAGGCCACAAGUGCCCUGGAUGCAGAGUCUGAAACUCUCGUCAACGCAGCGCUCGGAGAACUCUUGAAGGGGCGCAACACGACCAUUUCUAUUGCUCACCGGCUGUCCACCAUUAAACGGUCUGACCAAAUCAUCGUCCUCUCAAGCGAGGGUGUUGUCGCCGAGAUUGGCAGCUAUGCCAAGCUGAGCGCAGAUCCAGAGAGCGCCUUCAGCAAAUUAAUGGAGUACCAGAUGCAUGGCGGCGAGCCGCCCGCAGGUCUGCGCCCGCCCAGGAUAGAGGAGCACAUCACUGAGGCUGAGGAGAACGAGGCAGACUUGAUGGAGGAGGAAGAAGAAGAAGCAGAUCUUCCAGAGCGAGAGGAGGAGCUCAAGGAAGAGGACAAGCAGAAGAGGGACUAG